AUGGGGGGGUGGGAGCGUAGUGAGGGGGAGAAGGGGCGCGAUGCGCAGGGCGAGUCUGAGGAGGAUGACGAGGGGGGGAGUGAGGAGGAGGAGGAGGAGGAGGAGGAGGAGGAGGAGGAGGAGGAGGAGGAGGAGGAGGAGGAGGAGGAGGAGGAGGACGAGGGGAAGGAGCAUGUGCCACGUCAUGAGGAGAGAGAGGGGAGGCGGGAUGGGGAGGAGCAGCGCGAGCAUGCGGGUAUGGGUGGGGAGGAAGGGGCAGAGGAGGAGGAGGGGGAGGAGGAGGAGGAGGAGGAGGAGAGGGCGUGGGAGAGGGAGGCGAGGCAGAGGGAGGUGGACGAGGGGGUGCGGCGGGCUGUGAUGCGGCAGCGGUUCGUUGCGGUGGGGGCGUGCUUCCUCACGGUGCUGGGCGGUAGAGCGAGCGUGGCUCGCAUGGUGCAGUCUGUCAUGGGGGGUCGAGGGGCGGGGGGACGGGGGGGGACGGAAGGAGGAGGAACGAGGAACAGAGGAGGAGGAGGAGGAGGAGGAGGAGGAGGAGGAGGAGGAGGAGGAGGAGGAGGAGGAGGAGGAGGAGGAGGAGGAGGAGGAGGAGGAGGAGGAGGAGGAGGAGGAGGAGAGGGAGGAGAGGGAGGCACGGGUGGUGUAUGGUUUCCCCCGCCGCCUGAGGCUGGGAGGUUGGUUCGGGUGCUGGCUCCGGCGCUGCUGCCUGUGGGGUGGAGAGGGGAGGGCGGGGAGGGCGGCAGAGGGAGCAGUGUGGUGGGAGGCAUGGCGCCAUCCGCGUUCAGCUGCGCGCUGCUUCUCGUUGGGCCCUCUGGAGUGGGGCGGCGCACAGCAGUGCGGGCGGCGUGUCAGCGAAUGGGCGUGCACUGCGUCGAGUACAGCAGCGCCGACCUCGCCUCCUCCGCCAAUGAGAGUGCAACAGCUGGCGCACUGCAAGCGGCCUUUGAAACAGCGAGCCGCUACUCCCCUGCAGUGCUGCUGCUGCGCCGCUUCUCCGCCCUCCUCACGCCCUCCGACGCCCCCGACGCCUCCUCCUCUGCCUCGCUGUCUCUGCUCGCCCACACGCUGCGCGCCUGCAUCCGCUCCUUCUCCCCCCCCCAUGGCCCAACCCCCCGCACACCACACAAGCUGCACCUCCCUCCCCACAGCGCUACAGCCGGUGGCGGGGAGGACGUGGCGGCGGCUGUAGCACGGGAGACGGCGGGCCUGCUGCCGCGCGACCUCAGGGCGCUGGCCGCCGACGCUGCUGCCGCCGCCAUCCGCCGCUCGCUGCCCCCUGGGGGAGCAGACAAGGGCGCUGGUGGGGUUGCGCAUGGGGGAGCUGCCGUGCAGACAGCACUGGGCAAUGGGGGCGUGACGGAGGGGCGGGGUGGGGAGGAUGGCAUUGCAGAGCCGAGCAGCAAUCGCGAGGGGGAGGGGGCGGUAGAGGGGGGAAAGGGGAAGGUGGAGUUGGAGGGGAGCAGGGGGGUGGAGGAUGCAGGGAGAGAGGUGGGCGUGGCAGGGGGUUUGGCGGUGGGGCGGGCGGACGUGGAGGAGGCGAUGGGGGCGGUGAAGCGGCGGGUGGCGACGGUGAUUGGCACGCCCAAGGUGCCCAACGUGCGGUGGGAUGACAUCGGCGGACUGGAGGACGUCAAGGCCGCCAUCCUUGAUACCAUCCAGCUGCCGCUGCGGCACCGGCAUCUGUUUGCGUCUGGGCUGCGGCAGCGGUCGGGUGUGCUGCUGUACGGCCCGCCAGGCACAGGCAAGACGCUGCUGGCAAAGGCGGUGGCAACGGAGUGUUCCCUCAACUUCCUGAGUGUGAAGGGCCCCGAGCUGAUCAACAUGUACGUGGGCGAGUCGGAGCGCAACGUGCGCGCCAUCUUCGCCAAGGCGCGCGCCGCCUGCCCCUGCGUCGUCUUCUUUGACGAGCUCGAUGCGCUUGCGCCCGCCAGAGGGGCUGCUGGGGACUCGGGGGGUGUCAUGGACCGCGUUGUCUCCCAGCUGCUGGCUGAGGUGGACGGCAUAGGGUCCACGUCAGCAUCGGAUCUGUUCCUGGUGGGCGCCAGCAACCGCCCCGACCUCAUCGACCCCGCUCUGCUGCGCCCGGGCCGCUUCGACAAGCUGCUCUAUGUGGGCGCCGGCAGCACCGCUCUGCACCGCUGCAGGGUGCUGCAGGCGCUGACACGGCGCUUCCACCUGGCAGGAGGGGUGUCGCUGCAGAGCAUAGCAGAGCGCUGCCCCGCUACGCUCACGGGCGCCGACCUCUACGCCCUCGCUGCCGACGCCUGGCUCUGCGCUGCCAAGCGCACCGUGGGCCACGGCCAAGCAGCAGGUCGCUCUGUUGCACGCUCCAAGGGGCAAGGCGUGGAGAGUGGAAAGGAGGGUGAAGGAGAGGAUGCGGUGGUGGUGGAACAAGCAGACUUCCUCAAGGCCUUGUCACAGCUGACCCCCUCGUUAUCAGCGUCAGAGCUGCAUCGCUACGAGGCUUUACGAGAGCAUCCUUCCACUUCGCUACGCACAGUGAAACUGCUCCCACGUCAUGCCAAGAAGAUCCACCCUUUUCGGCAAAUUAUCUGGGUGUUGUGGUUUGGCUCUUUCACUCCGCUCAAUCAAGCGAAACUGCACUUCUGUGAUGAAUUGCGCGCGCUGCUGGACGUGCGCGCGGCGCUGAAGGAGGCGAACCCGGCGGCGCUGGAGUCGUGGUCGGAGAGCACGGACCCGUGCGGUGGGUCAUGGGAGGGCACCUUCCGCUGCGACGACAACGGCCACGUCACCUUCUUGUCGCUGGAGCAGAAGCAGCUGCACGGGCCCAUCCCCGGCGUGCAGCUCGCCGCGCUCACAUCGCUCAUCUACAUGUACCCCUCCUCAGCUCUUGCCCACCCCGCCACCACCACGCGCCGUUCCCCUCCCUCCCCUCCCUUGCCCCUCACGCUCCCCAUGCCUCUCACCCGCCGUCCCCCCGCCCCCACUUCCCCCCUGUGCAGCAACCUGGGGUCGAACUCGUUCACGGGCGCCAUUCCCGAGCAGCUGCUGCGACUCACCUCGCUGCAAAUCCUGUCGCUGUCGUUCAACCAGCUGUCGGGCACGCUGCCAGCGGGCUUCAGCCAGCUCCAGGCGCUCAAGCAGCUGCAAGUGGCAGGCAACCAGCUAUCGGGCGAGCUGCCAGCGUCACUCUCCUCGCUCUCCAACCUCACCCUCCUCGUCCAAAUUUCAUCGCACCCACCGUCCCCACUCUCCUCUCCCCCUGCCUGUCUGCCUGCCUGCCUGCCUGCCUGCCUGCUUGCCUGCCUGCCUGUGUGCGUGCGUGUGUGCCUGAGCAGGCGGCUAUCGUCCAAUCAGCUGUCAGGGGAGGUGCCCUCGUGGUUCGGCUCCUGGCCCAAUCUCGCUGUGCUAGCAAUGCAGUUCUGCUCCUUCUCAGGCCCCCUGCCCCCGUCACUAGGCAACCUGGUACACGUGCAGGAGGUGCUGCUGGACAACAACCAGCUCACUGGACCCAUCCCGGACGAGUGGGGCACGGGGCUGGAGCGAGUGGAGGUGCUGCACCUGAACGACAACCAGCUGUCGGGGACCAUACCGGGCACGUUCUGCCACCUGGAGUACGCCAAGGACGUCAACCUCGCGCUCAACCGCCUGCAGGGGACCAUCCCCAUGUGCCUCACCUCGCUGCGCCGCAUCUCCUCCCUAGUGCUCUCCUUCAACCGACUCACUGGCCCUGUGCCGCCGGUGCCAGCUGGCGUGCAGGUCUUCUUCAAGGUGAACGGCAACUGUCUAGACGGAGUGGAGGACCAGCAGUCUCCCUGCCCGGCCCUCGAUGACCCUCCCCCUGCUGCCCCCAUCACACCCGAGCAACCCCAGCCACAGGAGGCAGCACCAUCGAGCUCAUCCACAUGGUCAUGGAUGAGGGGGUUCCUCAUAGCGCUGCUCUCAGCCACGUUCGUGCUGCUGCUCAUAUUCGCCUUUGUGCUCCUUGCCAAUCGCACUGACGCCCACAACACCUCCCGCUCCGACAACUUGGCGGUGCAGGAGUACAGUCUGGGCAAGAUCAAGAAGGCCACGCGCAGCUUCACCACGGUGUACGGGCGGGGCAGCUUUGGCACCGUGUACCUGGCAGAGGACUUCCUAAGGGACCAGAUCGAGACGCGCGCCAUCAUCAAACGCGCUCACGACCCCGAGAAGCUGGGCGAGUACGUGUUCAAGGCGAAGGCGGACUUCUUGGCGCGGGUGAGGCACUGCAGCCUGGUGGCGCUGCUGGGCUUCUGUGUGGGCAAGGGCGAGCGCAUCCUCGUCUACGAGUACCUCCCCAACGGCUCCCUCUACGACCGCCUCCACCGGCCAGACCUGGAGCCGAUCCCGUGGGACACGCGGGUGCGCAUCGCAGCGAACGUGGCGUCGGCGCUGAGCUACCUGCACCACUGCUGCCACCCGCCCCUCGUGCACCGCGCCGUCACCUCCUCCAACAUCCUCCUCACCUUCGACAUGUCCGGCAAGCUGUCUGACUUUGGGCUGGCCCGAGGCGGCUCCCCUGCGGUGUUUGACGAUGGCUCCAAGCGCCGCCGCCCCUCCAAGCCCACUCGCACACGCAGCGGAGGGGUGGCGGAGGGCGAGGGGAGCGAGGGUGGGGAGGGGGGGGAGGAGGGGCAGAGUGCGCUGCAGGGGGGCGAGCUGGAGAAGGUGGAUGUGUAUGGGUUCGGAGUGGUGCUGCUGGAGCUGAUCACGGGGCAGAAGGCCAUGAAGGAGGUCCACAUCACCAGCCUCGCGGCGCCAUUCCUGGAGGACGCGCAGAUGAUGCCGCUGAUGGUGGACGCGGCGCUGGGGGGGUUCUUCGACCAGGCGGAGCUCAUAGCGCUGGGCACCAUCGCACGCGACUGUGUCAAGGAGGACCCCUCCGCGCGCCCCUCCAUGCGCGAUGUGGUGCGCACCAUGCAGGCACAGCUCGACCUCGAGGCCGACCUCUUUGCCGCGCCUGCUGGCGUGGCCGGCACGGAUGACAUGGACCGGGGAGACGGGGGUGAUGGGGUGGCCAACUCCAGUGGAUACGCGCCGGUGGGCGGCAACAGUGUGCUGACCUCCGCAUGGGUCUCUUUGGAAAACGUUGCCUCCUCCGUUCGCACAGCCCUGACCAGCCCCCGAACGCCACAGCCGAGCAACGAGAGCGCAGCCGAUCCCACGGAUGUCGAGAUGUCCUCCCUGUUGCUCAUUGCGCCUCGUGCUGCACGUCGGGUGAGGCUGCCCGCACAGCAAUCCUUCAGCAUCAAACCCAACCGCCAUGAGGUCCACUGUUUCGGACACUGGUUCCUGUCAACCCAUUGCGUCGUCCGAGCGAGCGCCGCCAUAGUCGCCAUGGACGUGAGGCAUCAAGCGGCGCGAUUCGAAAUCAACGAGUUGCGUCGCUGCAUGAGCACGUCGCUCGACAAGCUGGUUACCACCACGCCGUCGGUGCGUUUCGCCGACGAGGUGGUCGACCUGGAGAAAGCGGCGGAGGCGGGUCCGCCGCAAGUCACGUUCGCGCGGUCCACGUCGUUCACGUCGCACAGCUCGUCGGGCGAGACGGAGGCGGCGCGGCGGCUGGCCGUGCGGCUGCUGAUCGGCGGUGCCAAGGAGGAGGGCGGCGGGGAGCCGCAAAAGGAGGGACGCGAACGACGGCGACGCCACGGCAGCAGCAGCGGCGGCCGCAGCAGCGGCAGCGGCAGCGGGAGUGGCAGCGGCAGCGGCAGCGGUGGUAGUGGGGAGGCGCGAGGGUCGUGGCAGAAGCACCGGAGCUAUUCGUUGAACCAGGAGUGGUCCGGAGGGAAGCCCGUGUCGCGGUCCAGUGGGGGCGGCUCGGAGACGGAGAGCGCAGACGGAUCGAGCAAAAGCGAGAAGCGAUCGCUGGCGAAGGAAGUUACAGCGCUUCGACGACAACUCGCGGAGUUUCAAGCUGCGAAUCAGGACCUUCUAGACGAGUUGGACCGCAAGUCGCUGGCGGUGGCGGCAGCGGAGGAGGCGGUGAGGGACGCGCGGGCGGAGCGCGACCUGAUGGCGGCGGAGAUGGAGGCGGCGCUGGGCACGUGGACGCUGGCGGUGGACGAGGCCAAGGAGGCGGCGCACGCAGCGGAGGCGGCGAGGGAGCAGGUGGCGGAGCUGGAGACGGAGAACAAGCGCCUCUGGCAGCUCGUGGAGCUCAUUCUCGAGCAGAAGGACAAGGCCGCGCUGGACGGCGCUGAUGGCAGCGCUGGCAAGUUCGACCCCACCACCAAUGCCCGCAUCAUGAAGGUGCUGGAGUCGGUGAAGAAGCCAAGUCACAGGAGCUCAGCCUCUCCCAGCCGGCCGGCCACGGGCAGCAGCAGCAGCAGGCGGGGGGGCAGUGGGGGGUCGUCCGCAUCCAAGGCGGCAGGGGACUCGGAGAGGACGGGCGAGUCGGGCUCGCGCAGCAGCAGAUCGUCAUCGUCCAAGCAGGUCCGCUGCCGUCCACUCAACCGCGCUUCUCGCGUCUCCCGCCGUGCCCUCCUCCCCCCGUCGCGCGUGGCCAUGCCCGCUUCAACCCUUCCGUGCUCCGCGCUGCUCGCCCGCCUCUCCGCUCCGCUCGCCGCCUCCCCCUCUCCCUCUCUCACGGCGCGCCUUCUCCCUUCUCUCCCGCCCCUCGUUCUUGGCUCCCUGCCCGCGCUACGCUCCGCGCCUUGCCGCAAUUCACGCUCCUCCCGUUGUGCCGUCGGCGAGGGUAUGGCGACGGCGUCGCAAUCGCCGCCUGACGCGGGCAGCACGCCACGUGUCAUCAAGCUGGAGGCGAUCCCGCUGACACGCGAGGCGUUCGCGCCGUUCGGCGAGGUGGUGGAGCCCGCGGAGGACGGCGUCGCGUUCGGCGCGGCGGACGCCGCCCUCGACCUCUCGCAGGGCGCGCCCAGGGUGUACAUAAUGCGGCUGAGGGAUCGGAAGCUGGGGUUUGGCAGCAUCACGCACCACGCGCGCGUGACGCAGUGCCUGGGCGCCGUGGGCGGGCACCCCUGGUUCCUGGGCGUGGCGCCGCCGUCCCUCGUGCAUGAUGGGGACGGCCGUGAGGGUGUCAGUGGCGCUGAUGGGGACGGCUGUGAGGGUGUCAGUGGCGCUGAUGGGGACGGCCGUGAGGGUGUCAGUGGCGCUGAUGGGGACGGCCGUGAGGGUGUCAGUGGCGCUGAUGGCAGGGCGGUGAAGCAAGGGGCGGCGGGGCAGAGGUACCGCGUGCCGGAGGUGGGGGCGGUGAGGGUGUUCCGCAUGGAGGGUGCGGUGGUGGUGAAGCUGCACGCCGGCACGUGGCACGCGGGGCCGCUCUUCACGCAGCCCUGCAUGGACUUCUUUAACCUUGAACUGCAUGACACCAACGUGGUGGACCACACAACGCACAGCUUUGCUGACAGUGACGGCGUGGUGUUUGAAUUCGAAGAUGCCCGCUCGUGA